ACGUUGAUAAACCGGGUCUACCUCCGGGUAACCCGUUAAAGUCCACGGGUUUUAUUCCUCUAAAACGGCGUCGUUUGAUAUAGAAUCCAGUCCAAGAAUGAGUACUGCGUCUGCUUUUAGUUCAAUACAAGGAUGCUGGUUCAAGGGGGAAAGGAAGAUUCGUGUAGCGGAUAAGCGAGUCAAGAAGCUUUCUUUGGGAUCCCAUGUGGCUUCUCCAUCUUCAAUGAGCUUCAGAGUUUCAGCUAGUAGUUCUGUUAAACCUGAAAAGGAUAUUCGGAUUGGUCUUCUUGGUGCAAGUGGCUACACUGGUGCUGAGAUCGUCAGGCUUCUAGCAAACCAUCCGCAUUUCCAGGUCACUCUGAUGACUGCUGAUAGAAAAGCUGGCCAGUCAAUGGAAAGCGUUUUCCCACACCUGAGAGCUCAAAAACUACCUAGUUUGAUCUCGGUAAAGGAUGCAGAUUUUUCUACUGUGGAUGCUGUAUUCUGCUGCUUGCCUCACGGAACAACCCAGGAAAUCAUCAAGGAACUGCCUACUGCAUUAAAAAUCGUUGAUCUUUCAGCGGACUUCCGGUUGCGUAAUAUUGCAGAAUAUGAAGAAUGGUAUGGUCAGCCACACAAGGCAGUAGAGUUACAGAAAGAAGUUGUGUAUGGUCUAACAGAGAUACUAAGGGAGGACAUAAAAAAGGCACGACUUGUUGCUAACCCAGGCUGUUACCCGACUACGAUUCAACUUCCUCUUGUUCCUUUAAUAAAGGCAAAUCUCAUCAAACAUGAAAACAUUAUUAUCGAUGCAAAAUCUGGUGUUAGUGGAGCAGGACGUGGUGCUAAGGAGGCGAAUCUUUACUCUGAGAUAGCUGAAGGCAUUUCUUCUUAUGGUGUCACCCGUCAUCGCCAUGUUCCUGAAAUUGAACAAGGAUUAUCUGAUGUUGCACAAUCAAAAGUAACAGUCAGUUUUACGCCGCAUCUCAUGCCAAUGAUCCGUGGAAUGCAAUCAACUAUCUAUGUGGAAAUGGCUCCCGGGGUUAGAACCGAAGACUUAUACCAGCAAUUGAGGACAUCUUUUGAGGAUGAAGAAUUUGUCAAAGUGUUGGAUGAAGGAGUUGUUCCUCGGACACACAACGUUAGAGGAUCCAACUAUUGUCAUAUAAGUGUCUUUCCUGAUCGAAUCCCCGGAAGAGCUAUCAUAAUCUCAGUGAUUGAUAAUCUCGUGAAAGGAGCUUCGGGACAAGCGUUGCAAAAUCUUAACAUAAUGUUGGGAUAUCCCGAAACAACGGGGCUCCUACACCAGCCGCUUUUCCCUUAAGAUGUUCCAAAUUUCCACCUUUGAAUCGGUAAAAUGACAUUCGUCUCUCUUGUUGGCUCUGCAUCUUGAAGAUUUUUUCUGUCAUUACUUUUGCCCGCUUAAAGCUGUUUGUAUUUAUACUUAUCUUCAGAUGACCAAUAUGAAGCUGUUGAGACGGCAAUGUUAAGCCUAAAGAUGGUUAUAUUAUUCAUUUUAUAGACAGAGAAGCCUCUUCUUUUGCCAUUUACAAACAAAUGGUUUUGUUGUCC